ACCGUCUCUACUUUAGCCAUGGUGACAUCAAAUCAAGACUUGCAAUUUAAGCAGAGGUUGGCAGGGAGCGCGACUGACCUCGUCAAGAAGUUAAAAGAACUUCAAGCAGAGCUGAAAAGCAUGGAACAGGAGACUGUCAAUACUAAAUCACUUUCGUCGGUUACGAAACAGUUAGCAGACUCUCCCUUGAUCAAUCAUAAAGAUAAAGGUGUGAGAAUUUACACCGCAUGUUGUAUUGCUGAUAUGCUUCGUCUAUAUGCUCCGGAUGCACCUUACACCAAUAAUACCCUCAAGGCCAUCUUUGAACUAUUUGUAAACGAAUUGAGGAAUAUUGCGACGACUUCAAGUCCAUAUUUUGGCAUGUACUAUUACUUAUUGGAGUCAUUAUCUGCAGUCAAAAGCAUUGUGUUGAUCACCCAAUUGAGGAAUGCAAAGGAUCUUAUGAUUGAUCUAUUCAGGGGCAUUUUUGACAGCGUUCGCCCGCAACAAGCAAAAAAUGUACAGAUUUGUAUGUCAGAACUUCUUCAACAUAUUAUUGACGAGGCUGAGCAAUUACCACAGGAAAUCGUCGAUAUCAUUUUAGCCCAAUUUCUUCAUAAACAAAAGUUCGAUAACCCAGCGGCUUACCGGCUAGCGUGUGAUUUGGGCAACAACUGUGCAGAUAAACUCCAAAGAUAUGUUUUCCAAUAUUUCUCUGACAUCAUUUCGGUUGCAGGGAAUGGAGAGCUUUCUGCUAAAGAAUUGGCAGACUUCAAGACCGUCCAUCAAUUGGUGAUCGAGCUGAAUAAAGCAGCAUCGGCCUUAUUACUAAAUGUUAUCCCACAACUAGAGGAAGAGCUGAAGCUUACAGAUGUUACCAUCAGAAUCUUAGCCACGAAAUCACUGGGUGAAAUGUUUGCGGAGAAAACUUCACAAUUAGUCACACAAUACGAAUCUACAUGGAAAACAUGGUUGCAGAGACGCAAUGACAAGAUUCCUCAAGUAAGAAUCGUCUGGAUUGAAUCACUGGUCAAUAUUAUUAAAGCACAUGGCUCUCUUUCGAAAGAAUUGAGUGAGGGACUUUCUGAAAAAUUAGUCGAUCCGGAUGAAAAAGUCCGAGCAGUGGCCUGCAAAACCAUUGGAGAAUUUGACUAUGAGACGAGUUUACAUCACAUACAAAAAAACACGUUGAUUCAAGUCGGUCAUCGUUGCAGAGACAAGAAAAAAUCGGUAUCAAGGGAAGCAAUCCAAACCCUUUCUGUUCUUUAUAAUCAAGCAUAUCCAGAAAUUGAAGUCGGGACUCAGACAAGCAUUUCACAGUUUGGUUGGAUGCCGUCCGCAAUCUUGCAUGCGGUCUAUGUUAACGACAAUGAAACAUUCGCUUAUGUCGACAACGCGGUAUUUACAAAAUUGUUUCCGCCACACGGGAGCCCCUCAUCCAGGGCACAGCGACUCCUUAUUACAUUUACAGCUCUGGAUGACAAAGGCCGUACAGGGUUCCUUUCCGUACUUCGUAGAAGUGUCGAUGCGAGAACAUGUAUGACUGCAUUCUUGCAGCUUUUGAGAUCGCGAGAGUCUUCAGCUAAAAGUGACGUCCAAGAAGACUAUGAUAAGAAGUUGAGAACGGUAAUCAAGGUCCUUUGUGAUCGACUACCAGACCCUUCUAAAAGUUCGUCACUUCUGUACAAGUACGUGCAAGUCCACGACGAUAAAUGUGAAUCAUUGUUCUCUAACUGUAUGGAUUCAAGACUUCCUUUGAAAGACCUAAAGAAUGCAGCUAGAGAAGCAUUGUCGUGUAUUGAGAGUGUAUUACCGGCAGCAGCUGAGAUGUUCUCCAUUCUUAUCCAACGCAUUACUCUUAUACUGAUCAAUUCUGAGAUCCUCACUGAAUUGGUGAAGAAUAUUGGUGAGAGUGAAGAGCACGGACAGGCCUCUGGAGAGUUGCUUCGAUCCAUUUCUCUUAUUUUCCCUGCUAUCUUCAAGGAUCAUCUGGUGGAGAUCAUGGCAUUGCUUCACCAACGUGACUUUACUGGUGCCUCAGAUCUCUUACAAACAUUGGCAGAGUUUGCAAAACAAUUCCCAAAAUCUAUCCCUACCGAUGUCAAGGCCAAGGAGACACUUCAUUCAUUUAUAGGCUCUGGUACAGUUGAGCAAGCAAGAGAUGCUGCUAUUGUCCUUGCUAGCCUUAACAAUAGUGAUUCGGAAUGUAAGGACAUUGCAGAAACUAUCAACGAAAGACUGAGUGUGCAAUCUGCGGGCUUAUUGAGAGAUCUCGCUGUGCUGUCGCAGCUUACCUUGUACUCGCCACAGGCAUUGGAGAGGAUCAACAGCUCUGUGACUUCAUUCGUUGUCAGGAAACUACUGAUGACAAAUACAUCAGAACAGGAGACUACCUUUGAAGUAGGACGAGACUGGGUCGAAAAAGAAGAGCUAGAUGAAUAUUCUUUAUCCAAGAUUAUGGGCCUUAAGGUGCUGGUUAAUAGAACCAUUGCGUUAGCAGAGAGUGACCCUACAGCAGCGCAGGAAGUCGUUCGUCCUGUAUUCAAGUUACUCUGGACUAUUUUAAAUCAAGAAGGAGAGAUUGUAGAAGAAAAAAAUACAAAUGACGUGUUAAAGAGUCAUCUCAGAUUGAACGCUGCGCGAUCAGUACUCAAGCUUACACGUGGCAGGCCUUUGUAUGAGAAGAUGGUUACGGCACCUGACUUUAUGCGACUGUCGCUUAUUGUUCAGGAUCCAGUAUAUCGCGUCCGUCAGGGGUUGGCGACUCGUAUCAUGAAGUACCUUCGAACCAAGGAGCUACAUAUCCGGUAUCUGUCCUUUUUGUUUCUGGCAGCUCAUGAGCCUGAGCUUGAAUGGAGGCUGCAUGUUCGCGGAUUUCUGGUACAACAAUCAAGGAUACAAGAUACUGCCGAAAAUAAGUUGAUGCUGAAUGAACUGACGAUUGCAAGGUUACUGCACCUUUUGGCAAACCACCCAGAUUUUAUGUUAAAGACUGCAGCGGACGAUAGUAAUUCCUUGGUGUCAGAUGAGGUGCAUACGGUAGAAGAUCUGAACCUGAGUGUGAAAUAUAUCGAGUUUUAUCUAGAAACCAUGGCCAAUUCGGAAAAUAUUUCUUUAAUUUACCACAUCGCCGCACUCUUGAAGACGGUCCGAUUUACUAACGCUAAUGAACCCACAAAGAAUUUAUAUGUGCUGAGUGACUUGGCACAGUAUGUGAUUCAAGAAAAGAGCCGUGCGCACAACUGGACUCUGAGCAGUUACCCUGGAAAAGUGAAUCUUCCACGCGAGCUCUUUGUUCCUCUUGGUAGUGAUGAAUUAACUCACGAGGUCUCAAGCAAGUAUUAUCUGCCUUUGGAGUGGGUACAUGCACGAGAGCACAAGUCAGAACGCAAGUCAAAAGGUGUUACUGACAUAGAAAAGAAAAUGGGCCAAGCAUCCAAGCGUCGUUCGAGGUCACCAUCAGCGUCAAUGGAAAUGGAUGGCAUUGAGGAUACAGAUGGUGCAAAGCCUGGAGCGUCUGCGAACACACGAGUCAAACGAACAAAGAAGAGCAAAAUUGAACGUGUGAAAGAAGAGCCAUCAAGAAGGUAAGAUUGUUAAAAAAAUAAAAUAAAAAGAGCCAUACUCUCUAUUGUUUAUUAUCAGUAGAGUGUUCUGACAAAGUAUUUUUCCUAUUACAGGAUGGCAUCAAGAGCGGCAAAGUCAAAGACAACCACAUAUAGGGA